AUGGGUCAAAAGGUGACCAAAGCCGAUUUCACCUGGUCGUAUGACGAGGAGCCACACGCCAGCAGACGCAAGGAGAUGCUGGAGAAAUACCCCCAGAUCAAAGAUCUGUUCGGGCAAGAUCCAGCUUUCAAAGUGGUUGUGAUAUGUAUGGUAUUGGCACAAAUUUGUUUCGCUUGGCUGCUAAGAGAUGCUGACUGGCUAUUGAUAGCCUUACAAAUUUACUUUGUUUCUGGAACGUUUAAUCAUGCGCUCACAUUGGCUGUGCAUGAGAUCAGUCAUAAUCAAGCUUUCGGCACAUCACGACCUCUUGCCAAUCGACUAUUUGGAUUUAUUGCCAAUCUUCCGAUGUGCGUACCAAUGUCAGUCUCCUUCAAGAAGUAUCACAUAGAGCACCAUAGGAACCUCGGUGAAGAUAUCAUUGACACUGAUGUGCCGACAGAAUGGGAAGCCAGGACAUUCUGUACAACAUUCGGGAAAGUGACGUGGAUGUUUUUGCAGCCCAUAUUUUACGGCAUUCGUCCUCUAGUGAUAUAUCCGAAGUCGAUGACGGAUCUGGAAUUGAUCAACAUUGCACUGCAACUAAGUUUCGAUUAUUUCAUCUACAGCUAUUUUGGAGUCAAAUCUUUUGUGUAUCUGUUUGGUGGUCUCGUCUUUGGCUUGGGUCUACACCCUCUAGCUGGUCACUUCGUCUCCGAACACUAUGUCUUUAAUCCUCCUCAGGAAACGUAUAGUUAUUAUGGACCUAUUAACCUUGUGACGUUCAACGUUGGUCAUCACGUGGAACACCAUGACUUUCCGUUCGUCUCGGGAGCGAAUCUGCCUAAGAUCCGACACAUUGCUCCGGAAUACUAUGACAACUUGAAAUAUCACGAUAGUUGGGUGCUGAUGAUGUACGAUUUCGCGACCAAUCCUGCGAUGUCGUUGCGUUCUCGUAUCAAGCGCAAGUUUGCGAAGAAAGAAGAGUACAAUUUUUACGGUGUUGGACCUUAUGAGAGUAGUACUAUGUUCAAUGCUGUUAAAAAGGCGCUCCACCUAACCACAGGGCUGGUUGUCGCAGCAAAAGUGAAGUGA